AUGUCAUUGACAGAGUCCUCUCCCCUUGAGAUAGCAAACCUUGCGUCCGCGGGUGCCAGACAGCUAGCCAUUCUUUCUGCUGACGCCAGGAACAAGGACCUCGCUGCCAUACAUGAUGCACUCGAAAAAAAUAAAGAUGUCAUCCUCCAGGCAAACGCCAGGGAUGUAGAUGCCGCCACAAAAGCGGUAGAAAAGGGGGAGCUCAGCUCUAGUAUCUUGAAGAGGCUUGAUCUGGCACGCCCUGGAAAAUAUGACGAUAUGCUAAAGGGAAUUCUAGAUGUUAAGAAUCUCGAAGACCCCAUUGGCAAGAUCUCAUUACGGACAAAACUAGACGAUGGCCUGAUUCUUGAACGGGUUAGUUGUCCAAUUGGUGUCUUGCUGAUAAUCUUCGAGGCUCGCCCGGAGGUUAUUGCCAACAUUGCUGCCCUCUCCAUCAAAUCUGGAAAUGCCGCAAUCUUGAAAGGCGGAAAGGAGUCGACUGAGUCAUUCAUAGAAAUCUCUAGAGUGAUAGCGGAAGCCGCCGCUACUACCGAGGUGCCAAAGGCGGCAGUACAGUUGGUGAAAACACGAGACGCAAUCCUUCCACUCCUAGCGUUAGACGAGCAUAUUGAUCUAGUCAUUCCCAGGGGAUCAAAUGACUUGGUCAAAUUUGUGAAGACGAACACAAAGAUCCCUGUGCUUGGCCACGCCGAUGGGAGAUGCGCCGUCUAUCUCCAUUCGGAUGCAGAUGCCAACAUGGCCGAAAGGGUUAUUGUUGAUUCAAAGCUGCACUAUCCCGCUGCGUGCAAUGCUGCAGAGACUCUUCUGGUUGACGAAAGAGCGUUAUCAACCAUUUUUCCCAAGGUAGCUGCCGCUUUGACUCAAAAAGGAGUCAUUCUGAGAUGUGACCCAAAGUCCAAAGCGGCACUACAAGAUAAAUUGGAUUCGUCCCAACUUGCAUUGCUCAAAGAUGCAACUAAGGAAGACUACAACACUGAGUUCCUCGAAGCCAUCAUGGCUGUCAAGACGGUUGAGGGAACAACCGACCAGUCAUAUGUGGAUGCAGCAAUCUCACAUAUUGGCAAUCACUCCUCAAAACAUACUGAUGUGAUAUUAACAUCUACAAGAGAGCUUGCUGAACGCUUUCUGGCUGCCGUUGAUAGCGCAGGUGUUUACUGGAAUGCCAGUUCCCGGAUGGCAGAUGGGAUGAGAUAUGGAUUUGGUACAGAGGUUGGAAUCAGUACCAAUAAGAUUCAUUCCAGAGGACCCGUCGGGUUGGAAGGCUUGACAAUAUACAAGUACCUGGUUCGAGGUGAAGGUCACAUUGCGGGUGACUAUUUCCAGGGCGAAGGCGGUAGAACAUGGAAACAUGAGAAAAUGGACAUUUGA